CCCUCCCAGACUCACCUAUCCCUGAUCACUGACCCCCCAAUUCCUGGACCCUUCCAGUCCACUUCUCUUUGAACCUCCCCCAGGAAGCCCUUUGCCCCCAAUUCACCCCACUUCUCCAAGCCUUGCCCUUCAAAUCCACCCCAGACUGGCCCAGCCAGUCCCCCAUGCUUUUCCUUUAGCCUGACUCCGCUCACCACUUCCUCUAAUCCUGACUUCCUUCCCUUCCCCCCUCCCUCCCUAAAUACCAAAUAUUCUUUAAACCCAUGUUACCCCCAAAUUUGACCUUAUCUCUUCCAAAACCGGGACCCUGUCUCUAACAGCCCCAACCCCAAGAACAUAUGCACCAAGCCACUCAACUGGUUCUCCUUCCAAAAAUCAAUAACCACCACUCAGAAUCUCCCUGAAAAUCAACCCUCCCUCCCCCCCGUUGAGUUUGAUGUAGUGAUGAGAUUCCCCCAUCUCCUGGAUUAUCCUCCUGGGUGACUGAAGAAACUUUUGCUGCUAUUGCUUCGUCAUUUUACUUUUUUUGCACAAAGAUUUUUCUGAAUGUUAUGUGAUAUGAAAGGAAAUUUUGGAUGUUUGUUUCCACCCUUUGGGAGCUGCAGAAGCAAAGGGGAAAUGCACCAGAGGAACUGAGCUACAUCUAAUUGAGGAAAUCUGUUAUUUGCCAGAUUACUGAUUUCAUUGGACUGCUAAAAAGAACAACAUAAGCGUGGCACAAAGUUUACAUCCAAAUUCAGGGAGGAAUGAAGGGGGUUGAAAAAGAAGCUUACAACAAAAUCUAAACUUGAAGUUUCCAUUGCUUUCCUUUUGACCUGGAAGGGAUCACUUCAUCUCCCCCGCCUCCCAAGUAAUAAGCUAUUUUUGUGGAAUUCAUAACUGGAGAAUUAAAGUAGUAGAAUGACCUCUCCUGUGGAUCCCAAGAUUAAACAGGCUUUGCGAAAAAAACCAUCAGAAAGGACUCAAGAGGACUUAAAUACUAUCUAUUCUUAUCUUCAUGGAAUGGACAUAUUGUCACAUCUCAGGGAACAUCAGCUAAGAAUAAUGUCUUCAAGUGCUCGCUAUGAAAGAUACAAGGGCAACCAAGUUCUUUUUUGUUCAGACACUAUUGCCAGAUGUUGGUAUAUUCUUCUUUCUGGAUCUGUCCUUAUGAAGGACUCCAUGUUUUUACCACCAUGCAGUUUUGGCAAGCAGUCUGGAGGAAAAAGAGGAUGCGAGUGUAUUAUAUUGGAACCUUCUGAAAUGAUUGUGGUGGAGAAUUCCAAAGACAAUGAAGAGAAUAUCCUGCAAAGAGAAGUUCCCCUCAGGCAGUCUCGACGAAGGUUUAGGAAGAUUAAUCAGCGGGGAGAACGUCAGACCAUCACAGACAAUGUGGAUGCUAGCAGUUAUCUUUCGCUUCCAGCAGACCUUACCAAGAUGCAUCUUACAGACAGUCCACAUCCACAGGUGACUCAUGUCCCUUCCAGCCAGUCUGGAUGUAGCAUUGCCAGUGACUCUGGAAGCAGCAGCUUAUCGGAUAUCUACCAGGCUACAGAAAGUGAUAUGGGAGAUGUAGAUUUAACAGGUCUCCCAGAAGCACCUGUGGACUCUGAAGAUGAAGAAGAAGAAGAUGAAGAUAUUGACAGAACUUCAGAUCCAUUGCUGGGGCGAGAUGUUGUACGAGAGUGCCUUGAAAAAGAACCUGCAGACAAAACGGAUGAUGACAUUGAGCAAUUACUGGAAUUUAUGCAUCAACUCCCAGCCUUUGCAAACAUGACCAUGUCUGUAAGAAGAGAGCUUUGUUCAGUUAUGAUAUUUGAAGUGGUAGAACAAGCAGGAGCCAUCAUACUUGAAGAUGGACAAGAACUUGAUUCUUGGUAUGUUAUUUUAAACGGCACCGUGGAAAUCAGCCAUCCAGAUGGGAAAACUGAAAGUCUCUGUAUGGGAAAUAGUUUUGGGAUUACCCCUUCUUUGGAUAAACAGUACAUGAAUGGAGUGGUUAGGACCAAAGUAGAUGACUGUCAGUUUGUUUGUAUAGCUCAGCAGGAUUACUGGCGGAUUCUGAACCAUGUGGAAAAAAACACUCAUAAAGUCGAGGAAGAAGGAGAAAUUGUUAUGGUAAAGGAGCACAGAGAGCUAGAUCGCAGUGGAACCAGGAAAGGACAUAUAGUUAUUAAGGCAACACCUGAGCGACUCAUCAUGCAUUUAAUAGAAGAACAUUCUAUUGUGGACCCAACUUAUAUAGAAGAUUUCCUUUUAACAUACAGGACAUUUCUAUCAAGCCCAUUGGAAGUUGGGGAUAAACUCCUGGAUUGGUUUAAAGUGGACAGCCUCCGGGAUAAGGUCACCAGAGUGGUCUUAUUGUGGGUGAACAAUCAUUUUAAUGAUUUUGAAGGAGAUCCCGCUAUGACACGGUUUCUGGAAGAAUUUGAAAAAAAGUUGGAAGAUACGAAAAUGAAGGGUCACCUCAGGUUGUUGAAUAUUGCCUGUGCCGCCAAAGCAAAGUGGAGGCAAAUUACUCUGCAGAAACCUUCCAGAGACUCGCCACUCUUUUUCUGUCUAGUUGGAGGAAGCGACAAGGGUUUUGGCAUUUUUGUAGAGACUGUAGAAACAGGCAGCAAAGCAGCAGAAGCUGGACUUAAGCGUGGUGAUCAGAUAAUGGAAGUAAAUGGACAGAACUUUGAGAACAUUACAUUUGUAAAAGCUGUUGAAAUCUUGAGGAACAAUACUCAUCUUUCCAUUACUGUAAAAACAAACAUUUUUGUGUUUAAAGAGCUGCUUAGCAGGAUAGGACAGGAGAAAAAUGGAGUCCCCCAUAUUCCAAAAAUUGCAGAAAAGAAAAGUAAUCGCUACUCCAUCCCAGAUAUGCCCGGAGAUAUGGAACAGAUGUUUCCAUGCGAGAAAGGAAACAAGAAAAUCAAAGCAAACACUGUAUCUGGUGGAAGAAACAGAAUCAGGAAAAUUUUAGACAAGACACGAUUCAGCAUCUUGCCUCCCAAACUAUUUAGUGAUGGCAGUGUAAGCCAGUCACAGGAUGACAGUAUUGUUGGAACAAGGCAGUGCAGACACAGUUUGGCCAUAAUGCCUAUCCCUGGAACACUCUCAUCAAGUAGUCCUGAUCUGUUGCAGCCUACAACCAGCAUGCUGGAUUUUACUAAUCCUUCAGAUAUUCCAGAUCAAGUUAUAAGAGUUUUCAAAGCAGAUCAACAAAGCUGUUACAUUAUAAUAAGCAAAGACACUACUGCAAAAGAAGUUGUGAGUCAUGCAGUGCACGAAUUCAACUUGAUAGGAGCCCCAGAAACCUACUCUCUCUGUGAGGUGUCUGUUAGUCCUGAGGGAGUCAUCAAACAGAGAAGGCUUCCAGAUCAGUUCUCCAAAUUAGCAGACAGAAUCCAGCUCAAUGGAAGGUAUUAUCUGAAAAACAAUAUGGAAACAGAGACAUUAUGCUCAGAUGAGGAUGCCCAGGAGCUGCUUAGAGAGAGUCAGAUUUCUCUUCUUCAACUGAGCACUAUUGAGGUGGCUACUCAGCUAUCAAUGAGGGACUUCGAAUUAUUUCGCAAUAUUGAGCCUACCGAAUACAUCGAUGACCUCUAUAAGAUGGACUCCAAAACAGGAAAUGCUCACCUGAAACAGUUUGAGGAUGUCAUUAACCAAGAGACAUUCUGGGUUGCCACAGAAAUUUUAACAGAGCCCAACCAGCUCAAAAGAAUGAAGAUUGUUAAGCAUUUCAUUAAAAUUGCCCUACACUGUCGAGAAUGCAAGAACUUCAAUUCCAUGUUUGCCGUUAUAAGUGGGCUAAAUCUGGCACCAGUAGCACGACUCAGAGGUACCUGGGAAAAGCUACCAAGCAAGUAUGAAAAGCAUCUUAGAGACCUUCAAGAUCUUUUUGAUCCAUCUAGAAACAUGGCAAAGUACCGCAACAUUCUUAGCAGUCAGAGCAUGCAGCCUCCAAUUAUUCCACUGUUUCCUGUUGUCAAGAAGGAUAUUACAUUUCUACAUGAAGGAAAUGAUUCAAAAGUGGAUGGCCUGGUAAAUUUUGAGAAACUUAGAAUGAUUGCCAAAGAAAUUCGACAAGUCGUCAGAAUGACCUCUGCUAACAUGGAUCCAGCUGUAAUGUUCAGACAAAGGAAGAAGAGGUGGAGGAGUUUGGGGUCUCUGAGCCAGGGCAGCACAAACUCAAACAUGCUUGAUGUUCAAGGAGGUGCUCACAAAAAACGUGCUCGACGCAGCUCACUCCUUAAUGCCAAGAAGCUGUAUGAGGAUGCCCAGAUGGCCAGGAAGGUGAAGCAGUACCUUUCCAAUCUGAAUGUGGAAACCGAUGAGGAAAAAUUCCAGAUCAUGUCACUUCAAUGCGAGCCUGCAUAUAGCACUUUGACCAAGAAUUUAAAUGAGAGAAGAGGCGCAAAAUCUUCAGAAAUGUCACCAAUACCCAUGAGGUCAGUUGGUCAAACCACAAAAGCCCAUCUGCAUCAACAAAACAGAAUGAGCCAAGUUCUCCAAGUUCCAGCUGUUAAUUUGUACCCUAUUAGAAAAAAAGGACCAGCUAAGGACCAUGUCACCUUCAGUACGGGUUCUCCUCAGAAGUCACUCAGUUUGUCUGAGGAAGUAAGUAGUAAGAAACAAGCAGAAGAUAGUAUAUCUAUGGCAUCCUCUUUGCACUCCAGUCCUCCUGCUUCUCCUCAGGGUUCUCCACACAAAGUUGGUAACAUCCAGAGGUCUGAUAACUGUGGUCAAAUGAAUCUCUCUGGUUCCUCCUCAUCGCUUGCCAGUGAAACCAGCAACAAGAACAGUGGGCAACGCAGCUAUGGAAUAGGCUAUGCCCUCAUACCAUCCACUAAAUCUGAUAACUUCUCAGACUCCAGCCACAGUGAGAUCUCAUCGCGGUCCAGCAUCGUGAGUAACUGCUCUGCCGACUCAAUGUCUGCAGCCCUACAGGAUGAGAGAUGUUUGCCUCAGUCUCUUAUUGUGAUGGAUUCAACAGGAGCAGCAGAAAGAAAAGAAGUUCCUCAACCAUCGGCUGAGUAUAGUCAGCCUAGCACUGGUUGGUCACUAACUAGACCUGCUAUAAUCAGAGGGAUGGCUGUCACAUCUUCCAUGAGCAAUGAGGAGAUCUCCCACGAGCAUAUCACAAUAGAAGCUGCAGACAGUGGCCGUGGAAGCUGGACUUCAUGUUCAAGUAGUUCUCAUGAUAACUUUCAGAAUAUCCAAAACCAGAAAAGUUGGGAUUUCUUGAAUUCUUACCGCCACUCUCAUCUAGAUGGACCCAUUGCUGAAGUAGAACCCACAAACUGUUGCUCUGAAGAGACUUAUUUGUAUUCUGAAGCCUUUUCCAAAAAUAACCGACAGUCAAAAGCCAGCACGGAACAUGAUCAAUCUCGGCAAAGCUGGGCCUCCUCAAGCUCCCUGUCAGACACGUAUGAAACAAACUAUGGGACAAUUAAACGGAGAGGGCUUGAGCACUCUACAGCGGAGCAGACUGAGGUUUUGGACUCUAAGCCAGCCACUGAUGCAAAUUAUAAAACUGUUACUUCAAGUACAGAAAAAGGCCUGAUAGUGUACUGUGUCACCUCACCUAAGAAGGACGAUAGGUAUAGGGAGCCUCCGCCCACCCCUCCAGGAUAUAUGGGGAUUUCUUUAGCGGACAUAAAGGAAGGAUCACCCCAUCACCCACACUUAAAGCCUCCAGACUAUAGUGUGGCAGUGCAGAGGUCAAAGAUGCUACCUAGUGACCUCUCUAGACUUUCAUCAGCUUCUCUCAGUAGUGAACCAGUGGCCUGUAUUUCAUCGAAGAUGCCUCAAUGGCAUAAACGGCAACCGUCCCAUCCUAAACUAGCAGAUAUGACUGACGCAGAUAGUGAAGAGGAUGAAGAUGAACAAGUAUCAGCAGUCUAACCAUUGGGCUAUCUAUGAAAACCACUUCAAAUCACAGGGGACAUGGGAAUAUGAACCAUAUGAUUGUUAGCUAAUGCUGACAACUUGCUGCUACUAACCUCAAAAGUUGUAUUUGCCUCAGUCGUGGACAAUGUGAACCUGGCUGGAUCAUAAAUCUCUCUAACUUACUUCACUCUACCACAGUCAGCUACCACAGCCUAAGAAAACUAUUUAUGCCUGUGAUAUAAAUACCAGUUUCCAAGGAGUACAGACUACCUGAGGACUGAAAUCAGUAUGAUGAGAAGGACCAAUCUUAGUACAUUGGGACCACCAAUUGUCAAGAACCACUUGAAACUUGGAAGCAUUCUUCUGUAUAAUACCUUAUAAUCCUUUGGUAGAUUUCUGUGAUGUAUACUUUCCACAUGACCAUUAUAAUUCUAAAAUUAAGAAUGUUAUUUUACAUACAUAAGCAAAAUUGGGGACACUGCGGCAGUAUCUGAAAAAGUAAUUUAUUUAUUUGGAGUUUAUGGAGGGUUUUCUUUUAUUUGUACUGGGAGUGCUCUUGUUGGCUAGUGUGAACACUGACAAAGAAAAUGGGUACUAACUUAGAUACAUGUCAAUAUUCUUUGUGCUAUUGAAACAGACACAGGUAAUGGGCCUACUAACUCAUUUAGAAAUACCCGGAUUUUGGGUGUGUACUUAAUGUAAAUGGAAUAAAGAAUUUGGAAGUUAAUGUGCAUACAGCAAUGAAACACUGCCAUCUCUUGGUCCUGCUCUAGAAAACCCUAAAAAAUAUCUGUGGAAGUCUUUAACUAUCAGCCUGCUGGGAAAAUAACUGGAGUUCUUCUCCCGCAUUCCCCCAGAUUAAAGGUUUGAAACAUGGAGGCUGUAGUUCCUGUGAAAUUAUUUGGUAUGUUCAAAACUUUCCAAGUAGGACGGUAAACAAAUGUUGUACUGCAUAGUGCAGCAUGUAAAUCCAUUGUUAGCAAUAGAAAGGAAAAUUAGUGCUCUGUGGGUUCUGUGAUCAUCCUAUAUUUUUUUUUCUACUUGUACCAAAAUUCAAGUAUUUUAGGUACUGGAAUUAUUUAAAAGGAAAAUUGUUACCACUCCCAUUAUGGAGUAGGUAGAAAGUUUAUUAAUAUAGCAUUUUAACCAUAGGCCAUUGCACAUAAUACAAUAAAUAAAUACAAAUUUAAUAUCAACACAAGCCAUUAUGGAAUAAUAUUUGUGAAAGUGAACAUUUGAGAUAUAGUACAAUAUAGUGUAUAACUGAUUCUGAAAACCUACCGCAUUCAUCCAAUGAAUUAGAUUAGAAUGUUUCAAGUUUUAGAGUGAAAUGCUGGCCCAGUUGUAAUCAGUGGGGGGGUUUUACUUGGAUGGAGCCAGGAUUCAUGUUCUUUUUGUACAAUUAGGGUAAGCUAAGUUGCUUGCUUUAACUUUACUUAGCCAACCAGAGCACAUGGGGUAAAACUGGAAAUACCUGCAUUUUCUUUCUCGUUCUAGCACAGGAUAACCCAAUCAAAUAAUAUAAUUGGAGAUGAAUGUGUGGAUCUGUGUUUUAACAUUUUACUUGUAAAUCUUAAUGAGGAUGUUUACAGACUAAGUUAGAUAGAUGUUUGUCAUUUUACAGGUGCCUCAAAGAACGUAUAUAUUACGUUAUGAAGAGUUUUAAAAUUUCUUUUUUUGUUUUUCCUGGUGUAGGGCAAAUGCAGCAUUUUCUAAAAAUGACACAAGUACCAAAAACAACCCAAAGCAUUUGAUGUGCAUCACCCAUAUCUACUUGGGGCUGAUGUUGACAAACAUGAGAAUGUGUUCGAUCAAACUUUUGCUUGUGUUCAUGUGUGUGCCAGAUUUAAUAUUAUUCUGUGGCUGGAAUGUACCCUGUAUUGGUCCUUGUAUCCUGAAGUCCUAAAUCAGUCGAGAGCAGUAAUGUGGGGAGAGGCUUCCCAAUUCAUAAUUAGUUGAUUGACUAUAUGUUAGAUUUUUUGGUAUGAAUAUCUGAGUAAAUAGCUGAAAAAUCAUAUUGAAAAGCAGAUUAGCUGUUUCUUAAAGGAUACUUUCUUCUUUGUCAAGGCCUUAAUGUUUACAAUGAACUUGUGUAGGCCUUAAUGAAUCAAGAUUAAUAUAAGUGUCAAAAUGGUCUGGGGCAAAAUGAUUACUUUCAGCAUAUAUAAUGUUAACUUCUUAAUCCUUAAAAUGAUGUCUUGCAGGAUAUAAAUUGCAAAUUCUAGUAAUCCCACAGUAAACUGUAAUUGUUUGUUAGCUUUUAAGCGGCGUGCACAAUAGGCGUACCGUUUAAUCAGAAAAUCAUGUGUUUUGUGCCACAUAAAUUAAGUCCUAAGGUUUCAGUGACCUCAGAUAUUGAUUUGUAGUUUAUUUCAGCCUGUUGAACAAACGUAAAGGAUUAAGUCUUUGUUCUUGAGGUGACCUCCUUCCUAUCUAAGGGCCUGAUACUGCUUCCACUGAUGUCAGUGGGAAAACUCCCAAUGACUCCCAUGGGAGCUGGAUUGGGGCCUUCAUCUGGUCCAUUAAGCCAGCCAUUUGAUAUUGAUUACCCAUUUAAACUUGGUGUUUGCACAUCAACAGCAUCAAUCUGUUCAGCAGUACUUUUCAGGACAUUGUUUUUAAAGUGAGUAAAAGUCUUGCUAAUAAUAUUUUCCUAAUAGACAGUACAACUAGUGUAAAUAAAUCAUGCAUAAACUAUUGAUAAAUGAGCUACUUUUUCUGCUUCUUCUGACUUGGACAGUGUGGCUUGGCUCUGCUUGUCCUUGCUGUGACUUCGUUUGUUUUUUAAUUCAACUGAUCACAUUGAUCGGGGACAAUAGCCAAAUGUAGUGUGUCUUGUAUGGAUUUGAAGAGACAUUAUCCCUUUUUUCAGCUUUGAAAAUUGUGAAUUAAGACUGCUUAAUUCGGGUUUUACGUUGUUUCAUGUAAGUGGUAUCUCAUGGAACCAAAAAAUGUGAGCUGACUUACCUGUACAGCACUCUGUCCCUUUUGAUUUCUUUCUCUUACACAGACCUAACUUCUGCUGAGCAAUUCAUGUCCCGACUAAUAUUCUUCCUCCAUUAACAUUUUGUUGCUUCCUCUUUCACUAAUUGUUUGUUUGCUCGCUCAUAAGUGAUGAGUGAAGGAUUUGAUUUGAUUAAAACCAAUUUGAUUUUUUUGCCUGCAUUGUGAUAUUUCAUUGUGCUAUUAAAAGCUCAACCUUCCAAAUCAUUCGGAAAGAACCUUCCCCAAUCGUAGAACCUUUAACUUAACUGGCCUCCACAUAAUGAAAUUAGACAACUGAGCUUCUGUUAUAUUAGUUUGCCUAUCCCAUAAAUACAAUUCAGUAAACUAAAGGGGAAUUCCUUCAAAUAUUUGCAAUAUGCUUCCUUUAAGUGUUGGACAAUAAGAGGAGUUGAAUGAUCAGCAGUCAUUACCUGAGUGGGAAUAUGAGGCCUUUUCUUACUCGUGCUUAAUCCAAACUCACUGAGUAGUCAUUGGGGCCAGUGAGGCUUCUUAUGUGGGAGAUGAUUGCAGGGUGAGAUUCAUAGCUUCCUUCUAAUUCUUACAGGUCGUGAUUGUGCAAUGUGCCGAGUGUCAUCCUUGCCCAUUGAAGUCAAUGGGAGAUGGAGGUUGGCCAGCACUUCCAAGGAUUGAGCCUAUAGGAAACAACCUUUGCAGAAAGACUCUGCUUUCUAUCAAUAAUUCUCUUGCAAAAGAUAAAUCUGAAAAGUCUUUCUUCAUUCUUUCUCUCUCAGAUCACGUGGUUGCAGACAACAAUGCAAAUAUAUGUCAUGUUAAGCUUUUAUAUAAAUAUUAGAAAUAGUUUUUUAAAAAAGAUAUACAUUACUUACGACUGCCUUCAGAAAAACAGAUUAGAAAAAAGGGAUACUCUCUCUUUAGAAAAGCUUUAUACAUUAUAUUUAAAAAAGGGGAGAAAAACCCAUCUUGAAUUCCCAAUUCAGCUUUAGCUUAUGUUGUGCUUUUUUGUUUUAUCUUUAUUUUUAUAUACCUGGAAUGCAGUUUAGCUUGGUAUUAAUAAAAUUCUAAAUAUAUGAGCAUAUUGGCAAAAACUGCACAGAUGUAAUGAUAUUCCAAUAGCAAUUGUACUGCACAAGUCAGUGAUUGUAAAGUAUUCCGUAACAAGCAAUGUGUCUCCUAUUUUUUGAUACCUCUUACACUUAUGUCUUUUAGAAAGACAGUGCCUCUGUAUGCUUUUUGUAUUUUUACUGAGUGAUUGUAAAUAUUUGUUAUAUUUUUGGUUAAGAGAAUGUUUAAAAGUACUGUUUAUUAUCCAAUCUACUAAUAUG